UCGGGGGGCGGCAGCAGUUGCCAAGCGUCGGGCACGUUUCGCGAAAGGGUCGCUAUCGUAACGAGCCACUUCCGGCCUAAAUGAUACACAGAAAUCUCGCAUGCAUGCGAAAUUGCGCGCCAACGGGGGCUAAUCGCUCGGCUAUAUAAGAGCCGUCCCCGAAGCUCCGAUUCCUGCUCACAUCGCUCAUACUUUGAAUUUUUUCGUCAAAAUGACGCGGCUACGUAUCCUUUUGGCAUUCUCCUCGACCAUGGUGAUCCUCUGCUCGAGCAGCUUCGGGCAGGCCGCCGUGACAUGUGGCAAUUCGUCGAGCGCCGGCAGCAAGAUCGUCGGUGGUCUGAGCGCCCUGGACGGCCAGUUCCCGUAUCAGGUGUCGCUGCGCCUGAAGAACCGUCACUUCUGUGGCGGCUCGAUCCUGGCGCCUCGCUGGAUCCUGACGGCGGCCCACUGCCUGAGCGGCUUCAACGACACGGCCAUCACCGCGGUGACGGGCAGCCGACUGCUCAGCAAGGGCGGCAACAGGUACAAGUCCGUCAAGGCGAUACCGCACGAGCUCUACAACUCGCUGCUGAUACGCAACGACAUCGGCCUGCUGAAGCUCGAGCGCGACAUCGAGUUCGGGCCCGACGUGCAGCCGGUCAAGCUGCCGACUCAGGACUUUGACAAGGCCGAUUAUCCGGCCAUACUGUCCGGUUGGGGUACCACCUCUUACCCGGGCGACGUGCCGAACGAGCUGCAGUGCAUCCAGCUGAGGGUCAUCGACCAGCUCGAGUGUCAGGCCGUGAGCAUACGCGUGACUCACCGCAACAUCUGCACCCUGAACAAGAAGGGCCAGGGAGCUUGUCACGGCGACUCGGGAGGACCGCUCGUUUCCGACGACGUGCAGAUCGGCGUCGUGUCGUGGGGCACGCCCUGCGCCAAGGGCCGUCCCGACGUGUUUACCCGCGUCUACAGCUACCUCGACUGGAUUCAAGAAUACGUCGGUGAUCUGAGCAACACCGAAUCGAGUACCGGCAACAACAGUACUGUCAGUAACAGUAUAAGUAGAGCUGGCUAA